AUGGCCACCAACGGACAUGCGUCAAACCGCUUCCUCAUCUGGGGUGGCGAAGGCUGGGUUGCGAACCACCUCAAGGUCCUCCUCGAGAACCAGGGCAAGGAGGUUUACACCACCACCGUUCGCAUGGAGAACCGUGAGGGCGUUCUCGCCGAGCUCGACAAGGUCAAGCCCACCCAUGUCCUCAACUGUGCCGGCUGCACUGGCCGCCCUAACGUCGACUGGUGCGAGGACAACAAGGAGGCUACGAUGCGAUCCAACGUUGUCGGUACCUUGAACCUCACCGACGCUUGCUUCCUCAAGGGCAUUCACAUCACCGUCUUCGCCACCGGUUGCAUCUACCAGUACGACGACGCCCAUCCCAUCGGCGGCCCCGGCUACCUCGAGACCGACCCCGCCAACUUCAAGGGCAGCUUUUACUCUGAUACCAAGGGCCAUGUCGAAGAGGUCAUGAAGCACUACAAGAACUGCCUCAUCCUCCGUCUCCGCAUGCCCGUCAGCGACGACCUGCACUCCCGUAACUUCGUUACCAAGAUCGCCAAGUACGACCGCGUUGUCGAUAUCCCUAACAGCAACACCAUCCUGCACGAUCUUCUGCCCGCCUCCAUUCUGAUGGCCGAGCACAAGGACACUGGCAUCUACAACUUCACGAACCCUGGCGCCAUUUCCCAUAACGAGGUGCUGUCUCUGUUCAAGGAGAUUGUGCGUCCCGAUUUCACGUGGAAGAACUUCUCUCUCGAGGAGCAGGCCAAGGUCAUCAAGGCCGGCCGCAGCAACUGCAAGCUCGACACCACGAAGCUUGUCAAGAAGCUCAAGGAGUACAACUACGAGGUACCCGAGGUGCACGACGCUUACCGGGGAUGCUUUGAGCGCAUGAAGGCUAACGGCGUGAAAUAA